AUGGCACUGCACAAGAGUAAAAAGAACGCUGCCAAGGCAGAAAAAACUAACUUCUUCAGCCAGAAAACACUAACCAAGCUCAAAGAGGAACAGGUCUUCCCCACAUGUGGAAAAGGUGAAGCAGAGGACAGUGCUCAAAUACCAAAUAUAGAGGCCUCAACUGACUCGGAACACAUAACCAAACACUACCUAAUGCAAGCGCUGGACAUGCUGUCCCAGAAGCUGAUAACAACUUGGCAACAUUCCAUGGACUCCCUCAGAAAAGACGUGCAAGACCUGAGCAAACAAACAUCCCACAUGGAAUCCAAUAUGGAUGACUACGCUGCUGAGCACAAUGAUUUAGCCCAACACGUGGAACAAUUGGAGCACAAACUAGAAGCCACAGAAGCAAAACUAGCUAAUCUUGAGGACAGAUCCCGACGAAAUUUUUUUUUACUUCGGUGA